AUGAAGGAGAGCGAUAGACAGAUAUUUUUUGACAUCAAUGCCAUCCACAGCUCUACAGAGACAGACGAGUGUGAUGAAAUAUCUGAUAUGUUUGACGAAAAGAUAUUUGGAGACUCCUUUGGAGGGGGAGACUUCCUCAAACUUGAGGAGGAGUUGAAGAAAGUAAGAAACAUCAAGAAACCGUGA